CAAUGAGUCCCAAUUGUUCAAAUGUAGUUACAUUAGCUACAAAUGAAAGCAUAACCAUUUUUGGAGAUAGUUUUCAUGCGGACGGAGCCUCCAGUUUUAAUAUAACAAUGACACAUGAUUUGGUGGAGUCGGCGGAAGGUUUUAACGUAACAUUUACCGAUUUAAAACCUGGAAGUAAUUAUACUUUUACUGUAGUUUCUCGUAGCAGAUAUGGCGAACUGAGUAAAAGAUCAUGUCCAUUUUCGUCGGUAACAAGACCUAAUAAUCCAGACUGCCAACGUGUGAUUAUUUCUUAUAUUACAACUCAGCAAAUGAUAAUAGAUCUAUCAAAUGUGCAAUCAAGUGGAGCUCUUCGUUAUGCUUUGAAUGUUACUGGACCAGGACAUCUUUCAAUCGACAGCAGCAAGAAAUAUGUCCGUAAUUUAACAAAUCUUUCUCCUGGAACACAGUAUACUUUCAAUAUUUCUUCAGUUGGAAUAGGCGAUAUGAAGAGUCGGAGAAGUUGUGUAAUUAAGGAAUAUACAAUUCCAGCUAAACCGGGUGAAGAAUCAAAUGUAGAAAUAGCACCGCAAAGUACCUAUGUUAUCGUCGACUGGAAACGUAAAAAUGGCAAUGUGGAGAAUUACACCUUUGAAAUCGUAUGUUCAUGUGUGGCUUCUCCUUGUGGAAUCUGUGACCCUCAAGUACUUUACCAUUUUGACGACUCUUUUGCCAAUGUGACAGGGGUUAUACCAGGAACAUAUUGUAAUUUUACUGUGGCCGCAGAAUCGGGAAGCAAAUUAAGCGAGCCAUUAAAAGUACAAAUAAGGACAUCUGAAAUUGUUCCUGGGAGUGUGACCGAUUUCUCCGUGAAAGAUAUAGUAUUAAGAAACUUAACUGUAGAAUGGAAAGAACCGAAAUGCCCGUUUGGUGAAGUUAUUCAAUAUGCACUUACUAUAAUAAAUGAGACGAGUCACCCCCAAAAAAUCAGCAUAGAUUCAACAAACUUUUCCUACACAUUUAAAGAAUUAAAACCAGGUACAUUUUACAAUGUUUCCAUUGCCGCUGUAAAUAACGCUGGUGAAGGUGAUGCUACAUCUCUUCCCAUUUAUACUGUUGAGUCAGUUCCAAGUGAGGUUACAGGGCUUGAGGCUCAGAACAUUUCUUCAACGACAAUUCAAGUUUCCUGGGGAAAACCAUUGAUACCGAAUGGGAUAAUUUUACAAUACGCAGUUGUCGUUCAACGGGAAUCUACUUGUGUUCAGAAAAUUAUGAUGAGAUGUUUAAACUGUAUUAAAAAACAUCCAGACACUGUAACUUCUUUAAAAGCAGAGCACGAGUCACAUAAUUUUCCUCAAUCUCUUGACUGCAACGAUAAAAAAAAUAUUACUUUCUUAGAAAAAGAAAGUACAAGUUUUUCAGUAAACGUUUCUAAUUUAGAAUAUUUCACUGAAUAUGAAUUUGUGGUGACUGCAUACACAAUCAAAGGGCCUGGAAAUUCUUCAAAAAUUAAAAAAAGGACAUCUGAGGACAAACCAGCAGAGCCAACAAAUUUGCAGGUAGUUAAUAAAUCAAGGGAUUCCAUAGAAUUGAAAUUCAGCACGCCAUGUCCACAAAAUGGUCGCAUUCAUUUACUUGAAGUUGAAUAUCAGUAUAAAACACAAAAUAAUUGCCUUUCCGAAGGAUUGGAAAAUGAAAAAAAGACAUUACUGGUCAAUAUAAAUUCCACAUUGCAAGAAACAUUCUCAGUGAAACUUGACAAUCUGUUUAGUUAUUGGAAUUACACCAUCACAGUCAGGAUGGCUACAUAUGCAGGAUUUGGGAAUUAUAGUAGUGCUUUAACCGUAACGACAGAGCCUUAUGUCCCUGGUGUUGUCCGUAACAUUGGUUUUGGAAAGAUUACAUCACGGAGUAUUCAGCUGAGUUGGGAAACACCAUGUCAUCCAAAUGGAAUUAUCGAGUUUUACGAAAUCAAAGUAAAUGGAGAAAUUUCUUCAACUCCUGAUCCAUUACGUACAUCUUUCAACAAAGUAAACGUUACUUUUCUUCUUCCUUACCGAAAAUAUUCCUUCAACAUAUCAGCUAAAGCAAAAAAUGUCAGUAUGAAAGGGCCAUCAGCUAAGUCUAAGGACGUAAAUACUUCAACGGAAGCUGCUAAGAAACCAGAAAAUGUUACUAGUGACCCAACAUCUGUAACCGUUUCGCUAAGCUGGAAUCCACCGAAACUUGAGACAGGUCCAACAUUUUACAGAGCUGUAGCAAUAGACAUAAAAACCGAGACAAAAAAAUCAAACUGUACAUCCAGAGGAUUUUCUAACACGUCUUGUGUGAUACAAAACCUACAUCCUUACCGUAAAUAUCAAAUAAUAUUGUAUGCUGUCACCAACCCAUACCCACCAAGUAACAUCACAUUGAUCAUACAAACUGACGAGAGUGCUCCAGGAAAAGUUGCAGAUUUCAAAGUAUCGCAAAUUCAAAAUGUCAUCGCCCCCCGUGCAGUAAAUUUGAGCUGGCUACCGCCAUUAGAGAUGAACAGGAACGGUGUUAUUCGAUCGUAUUAUGUGAAGUACUGGAUUGUAAAUUCUAAAGAUAGUUUAAAAAGUGAGGUAAAAACAAAAUCAUAUCCACCCAAUAUUUCUUCUGCGACUAUUAAAAAAAUCAAGCCAGAAAGGAAUUACACUUUCCUGAUAUUUCCAGAGACAGUAGCAAAUGCGACUGACGACGAUCAAGUAUCAACAACAAUCGAAAUAGUUGCAGGAGCACCCAUUCCUCUUCAAUUACCUGAAUCAGCAAAGACUGUAUCCAUCGGACCAUCCGGUAGAGUUUCAGAUAACGAGAAACAAUUGUCUGUGUAUUUUUAUCAUCAAUCUCUUUGCGAUGAUAGGAAUGGAAUGCCAGUAUCUUGGUAUAUUAUUGUUGCUGAAGAAUCAAGUAUUCCAAGUAAAUUAUUAAAACCAUUUCAGGAUUCAAAAAUUAAGUAUGAAAAUUUUAUCGAUAAAGAAUACAAAACAUGGUCAAAUGUCCACAACCAAGACCAUUUUGAUCCAUACAUAGCGAAAAGUGACUGGGAUCCAAAAUGCAAUAAAGAAGAGGUAAAAGUCAGUUUCUUAGUUGGUGAACAGGGGGAAUGUGAAGGCGUUACUGGGUACUGCAAUGGAUUUUUGAAACCUGGAAAUAAAUACAAAGUGCGAUUUGCAGUCUGUACUAGAGGAGGGUGUCUGGAAUCCGAAUUUUCAUCACCACUGGAAACAAAGCCUAACCUUGUCCCUGCUAUUGCUGGUUCCGUAUCUGGUGUCGUGAUGGCUCUGGUGGUAGUUAUUGCAGUUAUCCUGUAUUUGAAACGUAGAAGGAAAGGGCCAUUCAAGGACGAAGGAAGAGAUCAGGCGAAAGGGAAUGAUAACGAAACGUUUUCAACGGAACUUGAAACCAAAAAUGCGGCAAAACCAAGACCAGUGAAAAAUGCAGAGUUUGCUGAACACGUGCAAAGAAUGCAUGCAGACAGUAACUUGAUGUUUUCCAAUGAAUACAAGCUGUUAAAAGAAACGUGUCCAGCUCACACAACAAAAGCUGCAGAAGUACAGGUCAACAGAAUUAAAAACAGAUAUACCAACAUUCUGGCAUUUGAUCAUAGUCGUGUAAAAUUGCUUCCUACAGAGGACGAUGAGGGUUCUGACUAUAUUAAUGCAAACUAUAUUCCAGGAUAUAGUUCGCAAAGAGAAUAUAUUGCAACGCAAGGCCCACUUCCUUUCACUCGCGAUGAUUUUUGGAGAAUGAUAUGGGAACAGAAUGUUAGCAUUAUCGUCAUGCUAACUCAGCUUGUUGAGAGAGGAAGGAGAAAAUGUGAUAUAUACUGGCCAGAGGCUACGCGAGAACCAGUUUAUUAUGGUGACCUUGUAGUAGAAAUUGAAUCCGAAUCAACGCUUCCAGAUUACGUCCUUCGAGUAAUGUCUGUUAAACUGGGUGAUAGCAGAAAAACAAUCAAACAAUUCUGCUAUUUAGCAUGGCCUGACAUGGGUAUUCCUGAAACAUCUGAAACCAUGCUUAAAUUCACAAAAGAGGUUAGAAGUCAUCUACCUCCUCCUACAACUAAUAGAGGACCUCUAGUUGUACACUGCAGUGCUGGAGUUGGGCGUACCGGUACAUUUAUUGCUGUUGAUUUUUUGAUGCAACACGUCAGCUCCAGUGACGUCAUCGACAUUUACGACUAUGUUAUGAAAAUGCGUAACAAUCGACCAAAUAUGGUUCAAACAGAGGACCAGUACGUUUUCAUCCAUGACUGCAUCAGAGACUACAUCAACAGGAGUGACGAGGACAGUGACGAUGAAAAUGGAGAGGGUCAAGAGGAUCAGGAAAAUCCUAUAUAUGCGAAUAUGUAGGGAAAAUCAUCAUACGUUGUGCUACACCGGUGUGAAUGAGGAGUAUAUAAACAAAAACUAUUUUAUGAACGAAUUUUAUAUUUUGUAAAAGAUAAUUCUCAUUUUGAUUUUAUUGUGCAUAUUUUAUUUUAGAAAUAGCUACAUAUAUUUUCUAUCAUAUAUGAGCAUUAAUGAAAGUACUUUUUUCAAAAGAUUCCAUUCUUUACAUAUGCAUUUUGUCUUAAUAAUCUAUGCUUUUUGAUUGAUUUUAUUUUAUUUAUUAAUUUGUACAUUCAUUAAAUGUUGUAAUUACCAAUGAUCAAAAACUGUGUAAUAUUGAACGAUACCAACAAAAUUUUAUGCGUUAGUAUACAUACAUGUAUGUACUUGUUAGUGAAAAUUUCUAUCUUUUAUUUUUUUUUUCUAAGUGCAGUAUCUAGUGCUCCAUCAUAAAUAUGUAUUAAUUUUUCAAUUCUACAAUUAUUGUAUCUAUAGCUUUAGAUUUAUAGAAUUUAUUUUGUCUUUACAACGUACUUUUUCGUGUACUGAUGUUGAAAACAUGAAAAGAAUCAGCAACAUAUUGUAUUAUUGUCAUGCAUAAUAUACUUGUUUUGUCAAAUACAUAUGAUUUCUUUCGCAUGCUUUGAAACGUAGGAUUUAAGUUAAUGGGAAAUUAUAAUUUUCUAGAAGAUAGCACGGUAAAUAUAGGGAGUUGAGAAUAUUUCAUUGAAGUGAAAUUCGAUGAGUUUAUUAUUUCGAUUCAAAUUUAAAACAAGCAAAGUCAUUAUUUCUACAAAAUUAUUAAAAUGUUAAUCCUUUUGUAUUAAAUUUGAAAAGAAACAAGAAAAAAAAAUUAUUAAGCUUCGUAAAU